AUGGCGAAGCCACCAGGUUCCAGCAACGCCGCCGGCAAGGAGCCGAGCAACGAACAAGCUCAGGACUUUGAGCAGGAUAAAGCGAGCAGAAGAAUGACACUCGAUCUUGAAGAACUCAGGCUAACCGACCAGCCACGAGAACCUCUGACAAAAGAGGAAUUUGUGUCACUUUGCAAGAGCAAGCCGGACGAGUUAUUCGAAGGACUUAUUGACCAUCUCUCAAAGCUAGAGAGUAGGGUCCAGGAAGCAGAAAGCAGCCGUGACGACGCCGGGACGGACGAUGUCGAAUUUCUUGAGAAAGAAAACUCUGAUCUUAAGAAACAAUUGAAGGAGCAUCGCCUUGCUAUGGCAGAACUCAUCGAGGAACGAGAUAACGCUCGAACCCAGGGCUCAGCAACCGGGAAGAAGAAGAGCUCCAAGCUUCGUGAUGGAAAGCCACUCAACGACGGGAAAGAUCCCUUAUUCGAAUCAUGGCUCAUUGACGUUGAGACCAAGCUGGCUGAGAACGCUGAUCACUAUCCGACUGCUCGUUCUCGUAUGCAUUACGUGAAGAGCAUGUGUGAAGGCGACGCAGCAGAGCACCUCCUUCCGAGAUUCCGCAACGACUCGCCGUACCGGUACUGUGACGUACAAGACAUCUUCGAUCACUUGAAAACGCUAUACAUGGAUGAGAAUCGGGUGGUCAAUGCUAAGAUGAAGCUGCGCCGAUUGGUCAUGAGGGAGAUGAAGUUCCAAACGUUCCUCUCCCAGUUCACUCUUUUAGCUCAAGAAUCCCGACUGUCUCAGGAAGAAUAG